AUGUGCCAACGCAUUUCACUCAUUAUAAUAAAAAGCUUCCUCUGCGGACCGAAGUUAAAGCGGGGCUUCGGGCCAGUAUCGUCCGUCUUGUGGCGUACGUCGGGUCCUCCCGAUUUUUGCCUCGCAACUGGUUGCGGGCUGAAGCUUUGCGCCAACUUCUCUUUGUUGCUCACCUGCUUGGACCUGUGCCAAUGGGUUUCCUCUGCUGCCGCACGCCCCCUGGCUGCGGACGCGGGAGUUUCCGCGGCGGCUUUAAAGCCGAGGGAAUGGACUGACAGCGCGCUAAAGGGGCACAGGCGCGCUAGCGGGCAGGUUGUGCAUCAGAGAUCCAGCACCAUGGGGAUGAAAACAAAACGAGUUGAUUUUGAAUGGGUGUAUACGGAUCAGCCUCACACACAAAGAAGAAAAGAAAUGUUAGCAAAGUAUCCAGAGAUCAAGUCACUAAUGGGAGCAGACCCCAAUCUAAAAUGGAUUGUGUUUGGAAUGGUUCUUACACAGACCAUUGCCUGCUACUUUGUAAAAGAUUUGUCUUGGAAAUGGAUUAUAUUCUGGGCUUAUGCUUUUGGAGGUGCUGUCAAUCACUCGCUGACCCUUGCUAUUCAUGAUAUUUCUCACAAUGUUGCAUUUGGCAAUAAGCUAGCAAAAUGGAACCGACUGUUUGCAAUAUUUGCUAAUCUGCCUAUUGGAAUGCCUUAUUCUGCGUCAUUCAAGAAAUAUCACAUAGAUCACCAUCGAUACCUGGGAGGCAAUGGCUUAGAUGUAGAUAUUCCGACAGAUAUUGAAGGAUGGUUCUUCUGCACUCCAUUUCGUAAAAUCAUUUGGCUUAUUCUCCAACCACUUUUUUAUGCACUGAGGCCUCUUUAUGUUAACCCUAAACCCAUUACAAGACUGGAAGUAUUGAAUGCUGUGGUACAGUUUGCAUAUGAUUUUCUCAUCUACUACCUGUGGGGUUUGAAGCCUAUAGUAUACCUAAUAGCAGGCUCAUUCCUGUGUAUGGGUAUACAUCCAAUCUCUGGACACUUUAUUGCUGAGCAUUACAUGUUCCUUAAAGGGUAUGAGACCUAUUCAUAUUACGGGCCUCUCAACGUGAUAACCUUCAAUGUGGGAUACCAUGUUGAACACCAUGACUUUCCCAGCAUUCCAGGCAGCAAACUACCACUGGUGAAGGAGAUUGCGCCCGAGUACUACGAGAACCUACCCCAGCACACCUCCUGGGUGCGUGUGCUCUGGGACUUUGUUUUUGAUGACAGCAUUGGUCCUUACUCGAGGAUUAAAAGGGAGUGCAAGCUAGUGAAAGAUGAUUGAGAGGAACGGAAAUAAAGAAGAAAACCCUAUAAUUCUUGGCAAUCAGAAAUGAAAGCAAGAAAACCUGAUAAAUAUUAGGUUCAUCAGUGUAUGUGAAAAGUCAACAGUUAAAUUCAUAAUAUUUAUUGGAACUAACAGUUCUUUUAAUAUUCAAGUUAAAUGGUCUGCUAUGCAAUGUCACAAAAUGAUGACAUUAAAUAAGGUCACUAAAUUACAAUUAUUUUUAGCGCCGUUCAAAAUAAUUCUAAUUCUAAGCCAGUUGUUGACCCAGUAUUUUGUUUAACCACUUAAAUAUUUCAAUUCUAUUUUUGUUUUGGGAAAAAUUUGGCCUCACACUGACAUUGUGUCAAGAUGUGAACAGACUUUGAGAUGAAGCUGAAUGAGAUUGGCCUCUUGAGGAAGGUCUGUGACUCCGAGGUAAGGCUCAAUUUGCACUACAGCAUUGGUGUGAACUGAAACCACUUGAUCAUAAUGCUAUAGCUCUUGUGCAGAUGCACUGUUAUACAGUAAAACUACAUUUUUUAGUUGAGGCAAAUAUGCUGGUCGAUUCAAUAUUAUUUGGAUAAAGUUGCCCCAGAGACAGGAAUCACUUUAUUGCUGCAAUAUUAAACCCUGUCUUUUCCUCUCACAUAAAACCACCAAGUCUAAAGAGUCUCAUAAUCUGCUCAGGUCAACUUGUCUUUAUUAAGUACAUCAAUGUGGAGUUUAUUACAUUCUCUGAGGUCCCUGAAGUCCAGUAACAUAUGGAUGAGUAAACAUACAGUAUGUUACUGGAUUUCAGGGACCAUAGCUAAAGAGUUUAACAUUGGGCUUAAGCUUGCUGCAUUUACUGACACCAACAAUUUUGAGAAACCCUGCUGUAAUUUGGCAACAGUUAAAAUAAUUUGCAACUUUUUAAUGUGAAAAAUAUAGUGGUCAUUAGUUCUCUUGCCAUGCACAAUGCAGUCAAUAAUGAUUAUCUCUACUGAAGAUGCUGAUAAUCUGUAAUGCCUCCACUGCCAUUUAAAAAAAAUACUUGUGUCCUGUCAAUACAAAUGAGAAUCUAUCGUUCUGCUAACUCUUUGUGUGCUGUGACAUGUGAAAGAAAUUUAAAAUAGCAUAUUUGUUGUCAUUAAACCACCACUUUUUGGUUGCAUGAGUACCUAGUAACUAAAACAUGUGUCAGCAUCUGCUCCUUAAUUUAAAAAAAAAUUGGAUCACCUACCUCUGCUCUGUUCCCAGAUUUUUUUUAAUGAGCAAUAACCUUGUGUGCAAGUUCAGAGGUCCGGUUAUCUUUCAUAGGCCCCAUACAGCCAAGUUUAAUGCAAAUAUCAUAGAAGAAGAAAUCUGAUAUACUUCAAACAUUGGAAUUUGCUUGAGUUAUUACAAAGUAUGCACUCGGCAUCAGCUAAAACCUCAAUCCUUUUCACUACCAUCAGACAGUGUGAUUUCUCCUGAUAACCCUUAUGGACCAAAUUAUAUUGGUGGAGACUGGUUGACUAAAUCAUUUUUUAAAGCAGUAAUUUUUCACUGACUAAUGAAGGUAUGGAUAUAGAUUAUGUAACAAUAGCUUUGUAGAAGUACUUCAUUAUGCUGAAAUACACAUGUAUAUGAAGUUUGUAAAUCAAAAAAAAUUAAACUGACCUACUUGUGUAUGUAAUAUUAUCUUGCAUUUCACUCAGUGAUAAAGAACUUUUUAUUAUAUCAAUAUUAGCAACUGAAGCUUUGACAGUUAGAGUCUGAAUGAUAGUGCUUCAUCAUGGUGUAUGUAUUUUGUUUCUUUCCAAUAGUAAUCUAUUUGCAAUAAUGACAACACUUCAAAACUAUGUCAUUGGCUGUGGAGGACUUUGAGAUGUAUGAUUAUGUGAAAAGCAUACCUACUACAGUAGGUUUCUGCCAUAAAUAUGUAGACUUGGAAAAAUGCUGCUGCCUCAAAUCAACCUUAACCUGUGAGUUCCAUGAGGCAGUUUCACUUUGUUGUCUAGAAGACACUAGAGUUUUGAGGUCAUGAAGGAUACUGUACCAAUGCAUGCAUUUCUCAGCACAGACACUAUGGUCCAAAUGGGUUCCUUCUGCAUUGUAAAUUACCUAUGAUUCUAAGUCUGUUGGCAUCCUUUGUUUAUAAUGCAUGAAUUUAUAAGAUUUAUAUGAAUGUGUUUACCAGGCCUGGUGAUUCUCAUUGGUGAGGGUGAACCAAAGUGGAAAAGCGUGUGUCAUAAGUAGUGAGAAUGCAAGAUAUCAAAGUUAGAAUCAUUUCACAAAUUGCAGCUAAGAAAGGAAGCAGCAGAAAUGUCAUCUUAAUAUGUUAAUAGCCUGUUAUCCUGCUAUCAGCCUUGUAGAAGUUUCUCUUGGUAGCGCUGGUUGCAGCAGGCUGUUCUUGUUUUUAAAUCCAAAGCACGACUGACACUUUAAUCAGGGGUUUAGGAAAAUUGCUCUGUGGGUGGAUAAUAUGGAGCUCUUCAUGUUCUGAUCAAUUGAUGAGGAGCUGCAUCAAUGGCAGAUAUGGAAUCUGUGACCAUGACCUAUCCAAAAACAAAGAUGUGAGGAAAGCACCAAGUGUAGAAAGUAAAAAGUUUCUCCCACUAUGAAAUAAAUAUAUUUAUAUCAACUCCUGUUCUAUUUAAUACAUAGGUAGGUUAAGAACUGUUAAAGUUGCAAUUACAUUGGGCUGAAGUGAAUGCAAUUAAUAAAGUAAUAAGCAAUAAUGCAGUGAAGAUGAUAACCAUUAUGUAAAUUCUGAUGCAAUUAAGAGGAUAAUGUUUCCCUGUUUAUAAAGGGAUUUGAAUUUUGUUUGGUUUACUUCAAGUUCCAGUGAGGUGUUUACCUAACAAUAUGAGGAGCAGAUUAAAUCUUUAAUUUUUCAAGAGCUGAGUGGUGAAGGGAUUGGAUUCAACUAUUUUCUGCUGGAAGGAUUCACUUCCCUCUCGUUUGUGACUUUCCUGGUGAAGAGAAAUCAUUCAUUUGAAAUGAUUUCUAGCCCUAAAUUAUUGCUAAAUGAAUGCACUGAUAGUCUCAGUCCGAAGAGCUAUUGCUCUUCAUGUAGGCAGUCUGUGUCACAGGCAAUGUAGGGCAUCAAAGCUAGAAGGAUUAUUUCACAAAUUGCUGCUUCAGGUCCCAAAGAAAGUAAACAGCCAGAAAUGUCAACAUUGUCAUAUUAAUAUGUUAACAGACUACCAUGCUAUUUUUGGCCUUCUAAAACACAGUAUGGUAGUUCUGGCUACAUCAAGCCAGAAGUCUCAAUACCCAAGGUUGAGACUGAUGCAUUAAUCAAGUUUUUCCAACAUUUGAAUGAAUGAUUCUGCAAGUGGAUAAUAUGUGGUGCUUCAAUGAACAGAAGGAAAUACACUCCAGAACAGAAUGAAUAGGUAAUCAAAUUGGUACAGGUUAGCUCUUCUAGGUUAGUGGUUAAAGAGGCAUAAGGAAGAUGAAAUUCAUUUUGCAUCUGAAACUGAGACAAUGUGAUAAUUAGAGGCAGCAAAUGGCAGAAAUAAAAAUUACUAAGGCCUGGUGGAUAAAUAUGCACUGAAUAAUUUGCACGUAUAAACACAAGGAUUUUAGACAAACUUGAUUCAGCUUGUGUGAAGAAAGAAGGGUGUACAUUUAUAUUCUCUUGCAAAGCAUUGGUACCCUUCAGACUGAGUGGUAUGCAAAUUUAGCACAUUAGAAGCAAAAGCUUUCCCACCUCCAGAACCUAUUGGGCAAAUGAAAAUGGCUACUUUCAAAAAUAAUUCAUCCAGAUCUUCGGUUCACAGUGAAUUAGCUGAGCUUUGAUUUUAAUGCUAUUUAUGCAAUCUCAACUUCUCAGAUUAUUUUCUUACUGUCAUUCCCAAUGAUUCACUUACAUAACUACAAAAUUCUGUACCCAAGCAAAAUAAUUACUUGUAUGAUAUAGUUGCUCCCCAUAAUGAGGUCAAAAACCCCAAGAUUUUAAUACAUCAGCAAAUCAAUUAAAAUAACAUGAUUACUGGUUGCCAAUAAGGAUAAAAUGGUAAAAAGCAUUGAGAAUAUCAAUUUGUUUUCUGGAUAAUUAUUCUGUGACUAGACUGGAAGAUCUUAAUCUAGUCUGCUUGAAAUGUUAUAGUUUAUUUGCCUGAUUUUAGGGUUGAUGAAGAUUUUGCUUUUACUGAGUAGAUUUGUCUGAAUAGAUAGAGACAAGCUUUGGUCUUGAAAUGAUGUGUUUAUUUGUGUCAAUCUCAACCAGCCUAUUAAAUGGAGUGAAAUCAAAUUGGUCUUCUUGGCCACUUUUGGAGCAGUAAAACUGUGGAAAGAUUGUCUGGAAAUAUUUUAGAGUAUAUUUUUUCUUUUGAAUAAAUAUUUUUAGAUCAUGUAAAUAUUAUUCCUAAAAACUAUUCUGCUAAUAUUAAAAUGUGAUUUCCCUUUGAAGUCAGAAUGUCUUUCCAAAGGUUCUUAGAAAUUACAUAGAUGAAGGCUUUCUGUAUUUAAAUGAUUUAAUUUGAAAAUCUUUAAAAUGAAAGUUGAAAUUCAAAUAAAGUUGAGCACAAAUUACUUGCACAAUGAGUUGUCUUGUGUAUUAAAUAUUACUUCUGCACAUGGGGAAUGGAUACUUGGGGAAUCCACCUGAACCUUCUCCCUCAGCUCUUGAAUGUUUACUUCUGCAUUUGUAACUGAACAAUUGAAGGUUAACGUUUUAUAUCAUUAAUAUAUGCUUUUCGUGUACUGAAUCACUUGAUGUACUUUGAUUAAUG